GUCACACACACACACACACACACUCUCCCCCUCCUCCCUAGUCGGCUGCUAUCUGAUCUAUGAUGAUAUGUGAUCUCUUGGAUACAACCACACACACACACGCACACACACAAACCACCCGGCAUUGCUACCCAGCUGAGCAAAAUGUCUUUCUCCUUGCAACGGUGCUCAUCAUAGCUUUCAAAUCCUUGACGAUGUGGCCAUGCUUUCCCCUCUGCCUUCUACUUUCUCUCGGUUUCUGCCUGCUCUUCCUGCCCUUGGGGCAUCUGUGCCCUCCUCUCUGUAGCUGUAUGGACUCCCACACCAUAGACUGCAGGGAUCAAGGACUCCCCACUGUUCCUAAUCUUUUUCCACUGGACGUACGGAAACUUCUCAUAGCUGACAACAACAUUCAGGCGAUACCCGCUGAUUUCUUUAUAUUUUAUGGGGACCUGGUCUACUUGGACUUCAGGAAUAAUUCAAUCACCUCCUUAGAAGAGGGCACUUUCAGCAGUUCCACCAAGCUGGUGUUUUUAGACCUAAGCUACAAUAAUUUAACGCAGCUUGAUGCUGGGAUAUUCAAGUGGGCAGAGAAGCUGAUAAAAUUAAGCCUUGGGAACAAUAACCUAGUGGAUGUGGACGAGGCAGCUUUUGAGAACCUGGAACAGCUCCAAGUGUUAGAACUGAAUGACAAUAACUUGCAGAGCCUCAACGUGGCUGCCCUGGAUGCACUUCCGUCCCUUCGGACUAUACGUCUAGAGGGCAACCCGUGGGUCUGUGACUGUGACUUUGCCAACCUCUUCAGCUGGAUACAAGAGAAUGCAUCUAAGCUUCAGAAAGGUCUACAUGAACUCCAGUGUUCCCUGCCAGUGGAAAACAGAAGAAUCUCUCUGGAUGAAUUAUCUGAGGUCAGCUUCAGUGAAUGCAAAUUUAGUUUGUCGUUAACGGAUCUGUUGAUCAUCAUCUUCUCUGGAGUCGCGGUCUCCAUCGCCGCCAUUCUGUCAAGCUUCCUCUUGGCGGCGCUGGUGCAUUGCUUCCAGAGAUGCGCUCCCAGCAAAGAUGACGAUGACGAGGAAGACAGCGAGGACUGAACCUUUCCUGUAUUUAAAUAUCCCUCGUUUAUAAAUUACUGGAUCAACAGUCAAUGUCAAAGAAGAAGAAAGAAAGAAAGAAAAAGAAAAGCGAACCUAGAUCUCUUGAUGCUGGAUCUGUUUCUGUGGAGUUCAAUCAAAUGAUGCUUUUAAACUCAGGGUGGGGCUAGGGGAGAAAGAAAGAGGGGAAUGAAUCCAAAAGAAGUCCCAGUGUUUGGAAAAGGUUGUCCUCAUGAUAGCAUAUUGUACUUAAUAGAUUGUUCUAAUUGCACCCUGAAAGGGGCCCACUAUAUGUAGCAUAAAUACAGAGCUCUCAGUUGGAAAUACAGAAGCAAUUUCAUAUGGUCUCCUCCCUCUACCUGGGGAGGGGGAGAGCCAGUAAACUCCCCCAACUUCCCAAACGACCAAAUUCAAUUAAAUUGGUUCAUAGAGUUGUGUAAACCAUUAGAGGAAGUUUGACGUUUUCUUUACACAUGGUGUCUCUGCAAAGAUUCUCCCACAAGUCAGUGCUCCGAGUUAUGGGCCUCAUUCAAGCAAAGAAACAUUUUAAAUAAACCAAUCGUGUUCUAGGUCUCAACAACAACAAAAAACAACCCUCAAGCAUUAGCUGCAGUUAAGCCACUUCCCAGCAUACCUUUGGCCAGGGUAUAAAUAAUGAUAGAUUUCCUUUGUGGUUUUGGGGGCAAUGAAGCAAAGACAACCCUUAGCUCUGCAAUACUGGGGACCAGGACCUUUCUCCUAAUGUAUCAUUAAAUCCUGGAACAACACUGGGUGUCAUUAGCCACUUGAACAACUUCACUAUAAUCAGCAGAGGGACACUCCAACUGGAAUUGCAGUCUGCAUACUGCAGAAACUGUACUGAAAUACUCUGGUGCAUUCGUUCUACUUCAUUAUAAAUAGAGCUUCAUUAUACCCAAGUUCACGACCAUGAGACCUGAGCAUGAAGCAGAACACUGCAUUUGAACAUCCCCAAAGAUUGAGAGGUUUCUUCUGAGUUUGCAUUUUAAAAUUGGUUCCCUCAGCUGAACUGGAAAAGCCCCAGUCUCGGGGCAUUUGCAAUCUGGGUCAGAUCUGUCUCCGAGUUUUGAAGCUUAAGGCCAGGCCUAGCUAGAAGUGAGUUCCAAGUAUGAGUAUACGAAGUUCCUAUUAUAAAAUACAAAACAAACCAUCUGGAUUGUGAAUACCCACAAUAUUGGAUUAGACCAGUAGAGGCUCCCUGGCCAUUAAUACGCAUUGAGACGAGGCCAAGGGUAAAAUGUGGCUGUGGAUCAUGGUUCAGAAUAUAAAUCCCCAUCCACGUUUAGACACUGAUUUGGGGCAGGAUUUAAAUAUGUGCUGAAGCCCCAAUGAUUUCAGUAGGAUUGAAGCAUGUGAUUAAGUGCUGUCCUGAAUAAGGAUGCUUUGAUGAAUCAGGGUCUUAGGAGGUACUCUCAUAGCAGAGAUGGCUUCUCCCCCACCCCAGUCACAGUCAUCCCAACAGCCUUGGCACUGGAUAGAAGGAUUAUGUUAUGUUUCCACAAGGCAGGAAUCACCAGGGAGUUUGCUCAGGAAGGGGGCUGACAUUUAUCAAAGAAUGUUUUAAAUCGUUUAUUUCUUCAGUGAGUCAAUAUUGAAUAAAUAGACAUGAUGAAAAAUGAUGAUUGUAAUGCAUGGAACUGGGGUGAGAUAUUAGAAGAACUGAGAAUCUUCUCCUACUCUUGCUUUGGCAGCAUGACACAGUCAAUGAAAAUUAUUGGCCAAUAAGGCCCUGAUCUUGCAAACAGAUCCAGGCGGGACGAUCCUGGUAUUCACACACCCCUUAUUGAAUUCAGUUGGACUUCAAGCAGGAGCAAGGGUCUGCUUGCAGAAUCUGGCUCUAAAAUAUUGUUUUGAAAUACUAAGGGCUAUGUUCUGCUCACAGUUGCACUGGUAUCAAUCCAGAAUAACACCAGUGAAAUCAAUGGAGUUAAUCCAGAUAGGCACCAAUGCAAACAAGAGCGGAAUCUGGCUCUAGAAUGCGUCAAUUCUGACUGUAUUAUAGGUCUUGUCAACACUUGAUUUCAUCUAUAAAAGGGCAGAUAUUUUUGUUAAAAAGAUAAAUGAACAUUUAUUACAGGAGAUUUUUGGAAUAGCAAUGGACAGCUUUUUUGGACAAGUAUAUUUUUAAAAAAUUUGUCAUGGAAAUAUUUUUUUAAAAAUGUACAGACUGAAAAUAUUAUUUAGAAAAGCUACGAAGACUGAAAAUAGUAUUAAAAAAAAACAAAAACAAACACAAAAAAUGUAAAAGCAAGCCAAGAACUAUGCUCUGUUGUAGAAGACUCAGAUGUGACCAUAAGUAGCAUCUAACUACUGUAAAAACUGGUAUUGUUUCUGUAAAACAUUUUGUUUGCUAUGAUUUUGCCUUGCACAAUUCAUGCGGAUUGAUUUUUAUGGCAAUCACCCAAAUCCCUUGUAUCUAUAGUGUGUGCUAAUUGCUCAAACAGAUGGGAGUGAAAUUUAAUUUGCCUAUUUGACAGGUCGUGUGGGUCAGUGGAUAAGGAACAAGACUGGGACUUAAGAGACCUGCGUUCGGUUUCCAGCUCUACCAUUGGCCUGCUGUGUGACUUUUGACAGGUCACGUUCCGUCUCUGUGCCUCAGUUUCCCUAUCUGUACAAGGGGGAUUAAUACUUAUUUAUCUUUACAAAGUGCUUUGAGAUCUGUGGGUGAAAAGCACUAUUGGGCUAUGUGUUAUUAUUACAUAAGCUAGGCUGGAGCACAAGAUAUACAGUAAAUCUAAUUCUGAUCUUACAUCAGUAUAAUUCCAUUGAUCUCGGUGGAGUUACUUCUCAUGUACACCAGGGUGAGAUCAGAAUCCAGCCUAGUGUAAUUCAGUUUCUCAUUCCACCCUCUCUCUCCAGCUUCUUCAACUUGAUGUAAUGUUACAGUUAUAAUCAUAAGACUAUUCUUUCUGGAAAUACACUGAGACAAAAUUAAGUGGUCCAGUCAAAGGAUAUGCUGCAUCAAUUCUCUCUUACUCUCUUCUUGCUCUUUCAAGAAAAUGAAACGACGUGAUUUUCACUAUGUAGUGCCAUGGUUACAAAUUACACAAAUAUAUUUCUAAUGAAUAUAUUGCUUCUGUUGUUUAUUUGUAUAUGAGAAUGAACACAACACCUC